AAUUGGUCAGUUGGUUGGUCGGCUCUGUUGCAGUCAGCAGCGCGGAAGUCGCCUCGACUUCUUCUGCUCCGCCGUUAGACGUCGAAUUCGUGUCGUUGAAACGUUCUCCACGAAUCCGCCUCGGACUCGAUCGCGAGUUACGUGUCCUGUAUAAUCGAAUGUCGAAUGAGCGCGCGGCGAAUCGUCGCGAUAGCUCGUCGGGGACUCUUUUGCUUUCCCGUGCUCGAUCAUCGGGCUCUAAUUUCGCAUCCGUGAUGUUUUGCUUCCGGCUGAAUUGCCAACCUACGUUAGAUUGAAUAAUUCAAGGCUGAAUUAUUAAGUCGUAUGUAGCGAUUGAGAUAAAUACGGUGUGAAGUAAAGAAGUGAAAAGUCGAAAUGUUCUUUUUGUUUAAGAAACAUCGUUUAAGUGUGUUUUUGAAAUCUCGUUCGGUAUUCCGUUAAAUAGAUGGAGAUACCAAAGUUAUAAAUACAGAAAACGUCUCAGGAUAUCCUUCAUUGAUUUUGCUUCCAGCUUAACUUUUUUGUAACCCAGCAACACGGUGAUUGGCCGCCACGUCUCGCUAACUGCCGUGUAUCUUUCGAAUUAACGGCACGGGAAAGAAGUGCGAGGAAAGACUUGGUUCAGGCGGAGUCUGUGCUUCCGCGACGCUGCAAAGUGCGAGCUAAUGAUCCACCUUCGCGAAAAAUCUUGACUUUGCUGACAUUUCGAACGACACCUCGAACAGAUGCACCGAGCAUGUUACAGUCGGCGAUUCCAUUGCCACGAGAAGAUCCCCUUUCUCUCGAGUGAGUGAGUGAGUGACAGUUUGCGAGACGGGAAUCGUUGAUUCCGCGACGAAACUAUCGCGAGACGAACAAUGACGGAGAACGUGUACAUCAUCAAAGUGAAGACGAAACCGCCGUUGUCGUCCUUGUACCCAUCGGAGCGUCGUUACUCGGCGUCGACGGUAGGCGGCCUGUCCUUGGUGCACUUCGGACUCGGCGCACUGUCCCUCCUCUUGGGCACCCUCGCCUUGUCUCUGCAAGGCCCGAUAUUGUCUGUUGCGUGUCUGGUGCCGUUCGUGACCGGCCUCCUCGCUUGGCGGCGUUGGUACAUCGACCGGAACAUCGCAAUUUUCUUCUACGGCAGCCUCUUCUCCCUGGUGGCGGCGAUCCUCUGCUUCGUCGUCACAAUCUUCGACAUCGCAGCGGUAUCCGACGGCAGUACCGGCAAGUCCCUAUGGCCGUUGGAGGAGAUCUUUGACGCUCCACGUUACUUGCCGCAUCCUCUCAAGGAGCAAACAAACGAUACUCACGCGGAUGAUACCACGCAGUUCAACGCCACCGACGAUCGUGACUUCUUCAAAGUCGACGAAAUUAGUACAACUUCUCUGAGUAUCGAGCUCGAUGACUUCGAUUUCCAUGACGGUGCCGGGAAUGGUGGUUAUAACGACCUUAAGGCAGAAGCGACCUUCGCGUUGGAAGAAACAGCGAUAAUGUCCAAAGAAAUCUUCCAGAACGAGGACGCGGCAAAUGUCACGCGGGGAUCAGCCGUGGACUUGAAGAGGGAAGAGGCUCUUUGGCACAAUCACUACGAGAACUCGUCGCACACCAAGGUGCUGCUGACUCUGAACGUCCUCAUGGCAUCCCUUCUGGAAGUAUUCUGGUCGCUGCUCAGCGCAAAAAUCGCGUUUCGCGGGAUGAUGAACCAUCUGCCGGAGAGCAACAACACCGUCGCCAGCUCGAAGACGCCGAGACCACCGUUACAAAAGAGGAAACCACCGGCACCCAAGCCGGACAUCUUGGAUCACGAUCGCCGGCUGUCGGAGACUCUACAGAGCUUCACCAGCUUGCAGUGCCUCUCUGGGCCGCGACUACCCUUACCGGAAUCUAGCAGGGAAUUUCGGGAAAGGGUUGAGAGGUUCCUGGCCAAUCAAGUGACGCAUGGAACUGUCGAGGGUGUCUGAAAUCUCAAGAUGAGAGAAAAAGAGAGACCAUCUUCACGACAGACAAUUCUUCGAGCUUUCGAGAUACCUCUUGUUCUCACCGAUCUAUUUCCCGACGACACUAGGAUAUCAUUAGUCGCGUAGAAAUAUUUUAACUCUUUAAAAUCUCACUAAGGAAGCUUAAUGCACAUAAUUAUACAUUCAUUUUAGAUUCUCCCCGCAUUUUUUAUAUUGACAAAAUAAUCAUUUUGUCGAUAUAUAACACUAUCAAUUCAUUCCAAAUAAAGCUAUAUUCUUCGUCCCAAUUCGGAAAACAGUGAUUUUCUUGUUGAAGAAACUAAAAUAGUACUCAUGUAUAAAGCAAAAUCGUUAAAGCUCGAAAUUUUAUAAAAUUUUUUAAAAGAAAAAUUAGCAUAUUUUAUUUUUACAAUUUUCUGUCGAUGUCAUCUUAAACUAAUAUAACUAUGUGCAUUCAGAAAAUCGCACUUUUUGACAGUCAAUUUUAUUCGGAUUACAAAUCUCUUCAUCAGAAGUGUCUUUUAACGGGGUGCUGGAGUCGAUGAUGAACUUUUAAAAUAACGUAGAAAGGAUGAUCACUAACACAAUCACGUUAUUUUUUGUAUUUCUUGUACAUAUAGAUCUUAAUUAAAUGUGUAUUGCUUUAUUUUACUA